AUGCAAAUCUUUGUUCCAACAGUCUUCGCUGCACUUGUAGCUGCUGUCUCAGCCAGCUGUGAAGAAGUAUCAGGAAACUACUACUGUUCAUUAACCACCAAAGUGACUUAUGAAGGUAUAGGAUUCUCAGGAUCUUAUAACGAUGUCACCAACAUGGACGAAUCUACUGGUGAAUGUACCUCGUCUUCAUUGUCAUUCUCAGGUAAUUUGAGUCCUCUUGACGAAGAAUUAUCUGUCCACUUCAGAGGUCCUAUCAAGUUGUUGCAAUUCGGUGUAUACUACCCAAGUUCCUCAUCUUCCAGCUCCAAGAAGAAGAGAGCUGAAGAAGACUGUGAAGUUCACGCUCACCACAAGCACAAGAGAGCUACUGCUAUCGAAGUCGAAACCCAAACCGUGUACGUUGACGGUAAUGGCCAACUUCAAACCAGUACUGCCGCAGCCACCCCAGCUGCUGUUGAAGUAUCUGCUUCAGCCAGCGUUGGAAUUUCAGUUGGUACCGACGUUGCAUCCACUUCAACCUCAUCUUCAGCCAACUCCGCCAGCUCUUCUACUUCAUCAGCUUCCGCUGGUGACUGGGUAAGAGCCUCUUACUACACCCCAGGUUCUGCUGAUAACUGUACCUUCUUGAACUACUACGGUGGUUCUGGAUCCGGUACUUGGUCCUCAACCUUUGGUAACUCUUUAUCAUACGCCAACUCUGACGCCUCUGGUGGCUCAUCAAGUGCUGUUGCCCUUGAGGAAUGUACAGUUGCCUCAGAUGUUGAAUUCAUCAUCUUCUCCGGCUCUGAAUGUGAUGGAGACUGUGGAUACUACAGAGCUGAUACUCCAGCUUACCACGGGUUUGGAGGUAAAGAAAAGAUUCUUGUUUUCGAAUUUGAAAUGCCAACUGCUACUGACUCUGCCACUAACAACUACGAUAUGCCAGCUGUUUGGUUAUUGAACGCCAAGAUCCCAAGAACUUUACAAUACGGUGACGCUUCUUGUUCAUGUUGGUCUACUGGAUGUGGUGAAUUAGAUUUAUUUGAAAUCUUGUCAUCAGGUUCAUCUAAGUUAAUCUCCCACUUACACGAUGGUCAAGGUGAUGCUGGUACCACUUACGGUGGUGGUGGUUCAUCCGAUUACUUUGCUAGACCAACUUCUGGUUCCUUAAAGGCUGCUGUUGUUUUCGACGGUGAAAACAUCAGUAUCGUAGAAGUUGACGAUGACUUCUCCUCAGUCUUAUCUUCCGACACUGUCCAAGGAUGGGUUGACCAAUCUGGAUCCGUUGCAACUCUUGUUUAA